AUGGUGUUUCUCGAUGAUUUCGUUGAAUUGUUAGACGAGCUACCCUCGGAACUGCGUGGUCGAUGCAAUGACAUCAAAAAGUUGGACACUCAAGUGCAAAGCUCUCGCGACAAAUUUCACAAAACAGUGCUCGAAUUUUUUGCUAAAGCUCCGAAAAUGAGUGUCGAUGAGAAACAGAAAGAGUUCAAUCGGUUGAAUGAGGAAUGGACGAAAAUUCGUGCGAAAGCUCAGAAAAAAGUGGAGAUUGCGGAGAAAAUGCAGGAUCUUCUCGAGAAAUGUGUCGAUCAUUUGGAGAAAGAUCGAGAGCAUUUCAAGAAUGAACUCGAAGCGGACAAUCCGGGCAUCACGCAACAAAUUGAGAAAAGAUUCACCGAUUUCAUCGAAGCUCUACUUGCCUCAAAAAAGGAGAGUCGACGCCGAAAAAAUGGACCCACUGCUUUUAUUCCUGCGUUUUCGAGUGAUGACAGCUUUCUAGCGUCGGGAAUCGCGUUGGAGGAUGAGCUUUUCAAUCCGGACUGGGGAAAGCCGAAAAAUCGACGCGGUAGCGGCACAUCGAGCAACGAUGAAGCGGCUCCGAUAAAGCGAAAACCCCCCCGCAACUCGCUCACCGCUCCUGUCAUCACCGGGCAAACGAUUUCCCCAUCUGCCUCGGAAAAAAGCUGGACUCCUUUUGGUGGAAUCUCUCACGACAGCAGCCCGGCUCCUCCUGGCUUUCAUGGAACAAAUAUAGCUAUGCCGAACUUCUCUGGACCAGAGAGCCGCCAUGGACGACAGAGAAAAUUAACCUCACGAGUGCAAGAGAUGUUCAACAACACCCUGCAACGACAACGAUCCUACCAUGUGCCCGUCGAAGAACCCGAAGAAGGGGGUAAGCCACAAAUAGCUAGCGAAUCGUCAUCAGAAGAUGACGAGGAAUCCCGCAAAACCUGGUGCACGUGUAAGCAGAAAAGCUACGGAAAUAUGGUUGCGUGUGAUAAUGAUAAGUGUCCCUUCGAAUGGUUUCACUAUCAUUGUGUUGGCAUCACGGCGCCACCCCGAGGGAAAUGGUUUUGCCCGCACUGCUCCGAGCAACUCCGCGCCCCGUCACACGGAUUGGAUCUCAACUUU